GAGGUAGUACUACAAUACUUACAAUAUCGUGGUGGUAACUGGAAGAACAAAUGUUUGUAUAGUAAAGUUAUUGGAGGGUUAAAUGAAGGUAGGCAUCUAAAAUAUCAGGUCAAUGUAGAAAAUUUUGAAAAUAUGAAAGUUGAUGUUCUUGCAGGUAAUUUGAGAUAUGAAAAACCAGAUGAUAAAGAAUUACCACCAAAUGUUGAAUUACCAAUAGUCCCUACGGAAUUGUUUGAUAAUAGUGACAGUAGUAUAGAAGAGGAUGAUGACAAUGUUAAUGAAGAAAAUAAUAAUAUAAGUCAAUCAAGUGGUCCUUCUACUACA